GCCAAGCAAAGUUAAUCUCAUAUUUUCUAGGUAAAUUGGAUUGUUUAGGAGGUAGCUUGUUGCCUAGUGACUCUACACUUCAGUUUUGAAGAAUAGUAUGGCAUCGGUCCUACUGUAUUGAUCAGUACAAGGGCAUAAUGCAAAUCCAGCUUCCCCCUGCUCCAUUUUGGCAAAAUACCACAGCAGAGGCACCCCAGCAGUCUUAAGGAGAGCCUUGCUCCUAGGAUAAUAGUUUGCUCUGCGCUCAAUGGUCAAGGAGAAUACUUAGAUGAUAGUCGCUGCGUCUGAUUGUUAGGGCUGGUGAACCCAAUGAUCAAUUUAGUAACCUCAGAAGAAAUCACUGUGACAGCAGCAAGCCAGCCAAAAUUAGACAUUGCUUUUCAAGUUCCAGUAAUUUUAUAGCAACACAUUGCUGAGGAUUAUGAAACCAACAUCUCUAAAAGCCCACUGCAAGCCAUGCUGUGUGGCAGAGUCAUUCCUCUGCAGAGGACCAAUGUGCACAACUCAGUCUCUAUAAAGCCUAUAAACCCUAAUGUUCUGCUUCAGUUCAGUUGGCUUGCACUGGUUCUCAGCAUAGGAAUGAGUUUCUCUGGCCAUCUCUCCAUUUGAGUGCCCAUUCACUAGGGUGAUGCCUGAGCACCCAUCUUUACUUGGAGACCUGCAUGUCAGCAGCAAUCAUUUUUAUCUAACUUAUUUUAAACUGAUCCAUGCAUGGGAUCUGCCACAUGCACAUUCAGACUGGAGAGUAAUGAAGCUCUCCCCUUCUAGGUUUUGGGAAAUGCCAGAUCAUGGGCGAUCCACACUACAUCACCUUCGAUGGUCUGGUGCACCACUUUCAAGGGAAAUACACAUAUAUUCUGGCUCAGACCAUCCCUGACCUACCUGAUACUCUGACACAGUUCAGCAUUGAAGGCUUGAACUAUCCUUUUCGUCGAAGUCGACGCAUUACUUACCUGAAAGAGAUUCUCGUCAAUGUUUACAAUCACACAGUGCGAUUCAGGCAGAACAAGGAGCUUGUGUUGGAUGGUGUGAGGGUGAGACCCCCUGUUCGUCCUCAUGAAGGUAUUCGUAUAUAUCAGAGGACAAGAAGAAUUUACCUGGAGACAGAUUUUGGCUUAUACCUGAGCUUUGAUGGCAAUCAAAAUGCAGAUAUAAAGCUGGCCAAUACCUACAGAAACAGAGUGGAAGGCUUGUGUGGUGACUUUGAUGGGAGACAUAGAAAUGACUUCACAAGUCCAAAUGGUGUUUGGGUGAAGAACGUGAAUGUAUUUGGUGAGAGCUGGAAAGUUCCUCUGAAAAGAACAACAUCUCGUCUCAGGUACUUAAUUUUCUACUUAAUAUCCAUGGCAAGCACAGCCACUGGUAGUGAGUGA